GAAUCAUAAGAUACCUGCUCGCUAUUGUAAGAAUCAGAAGAAACGGUCAAAUAAACUAGCAACACAUUGCACACUACCUAGUCAAAAUGCCUGACAACUCUACCACUCAAACUGGAAAGUCCAAUGCCGAUGCUCAUCAAAACCCAGUGAGCAAGGGUAUUCACGAGGCGGUGGAUCAGGCGAAGUUUCAGGCCCACAAGGCAGCGCCUGGCCCUGCGGUUCCUCAGAACAUGCCCGAGCAAGAGGGAACAAAGGAAGAGCGACAAGCGAAGGCGCAGGCCUUGAACAAAUAGAAAAAGGCGUUUGAUCACAGCAUAUUAUGAUUUGAGAGAAGCCUGACGGGCGUACCCCAGGCAUCUGAGAAUUAUGGUUUAAUUACACAUGGGACUAUUUUUAUGAUCGAUACGACUCUCACGAAUAACAAAGAAACUGCCGUUCAGGUCCAAAGACUGCUGCCUGUGAUUCUGUCUCUACACAUCUACAUAGUAAUAAGACAUUGCAAACUAGAUUUCAUUGCCAUUGUAUUGCACAUUACGCAAUUGGGGAUGCCUACGUACCUCAGCUGAACUAUCUGCUUGGCCUCAUCUGGCCUCGACAGAGUUAUCAUAGGUACAU